ACCGUCAAUCCUAUUAAGAGGGUCAAGAAGACAAGUCUCUUUCUCUUUCCCUCUCCCUUCUUCUGUCAUCGUCAGGAAUGGAACAAGACUUUUUAUGAUUUCUUCCUCCCUCCCCCACGGUGUCUGCCACUGCUGUUCAUGCCGCUCACGAGACGGGCCUGCGAUGGAUGCAUCUCCCGCAAGGUGAAGUGUGACGGGGCGUCGCCUUGUCGGACUUGCCAGAGCUCGCUGCGUCGGGUCGAGUGCACGUAUUUGAAGCCUGCACGGAAGCGAGGGCCCAAGGUGCGGCGGGUGGUGAGGGAGUCGCUGGAUGGAGAGGAUUCGCCGACCUCAACAGGAGGACCAGGACCGAGUGUCUCGCUGGAGGUGCUACGCUAUUUGAUCGGUGAAUACCAGCGGCAUUCAUACGACGUGUGGCCGAUCCUGAAGAGCAAGCUGCUCCUGCAUAAGCUGGAGAGCAUUGUCGACGAUGCCGACACGUACUGCCUGGCGACCGCGCUGUGUGCGGCGACCAUGGCACAGCUGGAGCUGCCGUCCGUCGGGGAGGGCGACGCAGCGGUUGACAGCUCGGUCCUGGCAAAGGAGUGUGUCCGGAUGCGUGAACAGCGGGAUUACAGGGAGCAGCUGGAUGUACGGGGGGUUCUGGUCUCGUUCUUCCUGCAUGUAUUUCACGCAAAGCUCAAUCAACGAAGUUCUGCCUUGCUCUUCAUCCGGGAGGCCGUGGCCGGGGCCAGACGGUUGGGUCUCGACGUGGAUUCUACUUUGAGCUCUUCUUCUUCUUCUUCUUCUUCUUCUUCUUCUUCGACAGACCUCUUGGAUAACCCAGACCUUCUGUUCCCCCUGCUGUGGGUGUCUGAACGAGGAUACUCGAUGCACCUCGGGCUGCUACCUUCGUCUAUGGAAAGCAUUGUGCUCCCCGAGCCCUGCGAGCUCCAAGGCAACGCCCAUGCCCUCGGCUUGAUCGAGCUCGUCCGGUUGUUUGUUGCCUUUGACCAAGUGCCGCUGCACAAACGGUCUGCCGGUCGAGAUCAGGGCCCCCUAUCGCCCGAUGAGCUGGCUCAUAUCGAGUCUGCCUUGUCCAGUCUCUCCCUGCGCCAAGCAAAUAGCGUCGGCACCCGCAUGGCAGACUACUACAUCACUCGCGAGUGGAUGCGGACCAUCCUCUGGCAGGAGGCUCUCGCCCUGGGCUUUCUCUCCUCCUCUUCCUACACCGAGCUCAUGACCUUUCACUACCCGGCGCGUGUCGGCUAUGAUCUUCUCUGGGCCCUGCAGGGGUUUUCGGAAUCUGACCUCCUACCUCUAGGCCGUGAUCAGCUCCUCAAAUGUUUCGAAGUCGCCAACUCAUUAGCUGACACGGUCCUGCUCGCUUCGCCCUCGGCUCCCUCCCGCUCGGCCUUGCAGCUAGGCCCGCAUGACUUCCUGCACGCGCUGUACCAGAAACUUGUCCCGUUUCUCGAACAGGACGCAAUGCUGAACCACAUCCUGCGUUCCAAGACCGCCGAGGCCCUGGUGCGUGCCUCGCCGCGGCUGUUGACCGUCCCGCCCUUCACGGAGGACGAGUCGUGUAGUGAUGCUUCGUAUGGAUUCACAUGGCUCCAGACCGAUCAGACUGAUCAGACUGAUUAAGAGGUUAUUUGACUUGUGUAGUUGCUUCUAUGUAGU